GCGGCGGCCGCGGCUCGCAGUACGUACCGACGGACCAGCGCGAGUGACGGUGCCCAGGCUUACCGCAGGAACGACUACCGACUAGGACGACACCAACACCAUGCGGCUUGUGUUGGCGUUAAUCUCCGUUGCCUUGCUGUCAAUAGCGACGCAGGCGCAAGAACAAACUACCGAUAUAAUUAACGACAAAAUUAACAACAUAGAUGAGAAACCCUCUGUAAGGCUUGAUCCAUACAUUAGAAAAGCUCUACUGAAGGCGUUAAGCGAACUAGAAGAAAGCGAAAACUUAACUACUGGUGCAGACACGACGGAGGAAUCAUCUACGGUGGAUUCCUCGUUUUUCAGAACACAAGAGCAACCAUCAGAAACUCUCCAACCCCCAGAACAAAAAGAAGAAAUACAAAUUCAUUCAUUCGUCGUAAACGGACAAGCGGCCUUCGCUAACUCUACGAAUGUAACACCGACAUUAAUAGAUAAUAAAAUAUCAAUUUUAAGCACAACUGCUGGAAAUGUUGAGAAUCAUGUGACAGCAACUCUCCCGACACAAUCUACGUUUAGUGAAAUUUUCCAGACAAGGGAAAGCGGCGUUAACGUUCAGCAAGUGCGAAGUAUUCAAAGUACGCCUAAAGGCAGUAGUGAAGCCAACAAAAUAUCUACCUCAAAGCCAGUGCCAAGGCCAACCACCACCACGACGACGACCACCACCACGACCACCACGACCACGCCCAAACCGACGCACAAUGAUGAUGGCGAAAAUAUUGAGGAGGUCGACAAAAGGGACGUUCAAGUAUUUCAAGCUCCCUUAGUAGCCGCUUUUACUGUCCAUCAAGAUGCGCAGGGACUACCGAAGAAAGUAAUACCGAUAUUCCAGCAAACGAGCGGUCAAGAUCCAUUAAAAUCAUUGUCUGCUACAAGUCUGCCCUCUGAAAUAGUUCCUCAACAAUUUAAUCGUCAUACUCUACCACAUCUAAAUGUUAAUAAUGUACAACAACCAGACUUUAUCGGCCAGCAAUUGACACUUCAGAAACAAUUGGAAGAAAAACAGAGAAUUCUUGAAGAACAGCUCCGGUUACUUCAGCUUCAGCAAAGACAGCAAGAAGAAUUGUUACGAAAACAACAAUUUCUUUUGCAGCAGAAAGAAAUUCAAAGACAGCAACAGUUGCUAUUUAAUCAAGACCAAUUAAAAAGGCAACAACUACUCGCUGACCAACAAAAACUUCAAGCUAACAAUUUGGAUAAUAAUAACUUCCAGUUACAAGGACUGCAGAAAACUUCCCAGCAAAACCAAUUUUUAAACCAAAAUGUUAUUCGACCUCAAAACGCACAAGUUACAAUUCAACCGAGUGUAUCCUUAGAACAAAAUAAUUUAGUAGCAAAUCAACAACAAUUACCUAACCGUGAAGCAGUUGACUUUUUAAUUCAUUUACGCAGUCAGCAACCAGUUCAGUUUCCAUUGCAAGAAAAUCAUCUACCACAAGGAAUAAGCAACUUUUUACAGCCAAACACCAUCCAAAAUUUUCAUCAAGGACCAAAUUCAAAUCAAUUGAGACCCUUAGCUGACCCGUUCGGGCAGAAGCAAGGUCACCGUGUUUUCCGUCAAGAGAGUGGAGUCGGUAACUUUGGUUUCAAUAAUAACAAUAAUAAUCAAAAUUACAACCGAUUUAAUACCUUCAAUCCUAUAACUUCGAACCGUUUUUUUCCUUCAAAUAGAGCAAAUCAGUUCAACCCGGACUCAGAGUUAAAACAGCUGCUAGUUCAAACAGGACUUAAUGGCAGAAGCCAUGAAGAUUUAAACAUAGUCACCAAAGUUCUUUCUCUAAACCACGGGAUUCCGUUAAACAACAAUGUUUCUAAUAGACUGCCUUUUGAUAGCCGGAGACAUGUUAGAGAAACUACAUCAUAGAGUACAUUUUGUAAAUCAAUAUUUACAUUAAUCGAAUUACUUACAGGUUUAAAAUUGGGUUGAGUGUUUGAAAACAUCAUAGUUAGGUACUUAAUUAUUACUUGCCUACUUGAGUACUAGGUACUAAAGUAAGUUAGUAAUGAAUAAAAUAGUACUUGUUACUUUUUAAGGUCCAAUACUCAUUGAUUCCACAAUACUUAUCAUUUUUAAUACAAUUCAAUAGACAUGUUAACCAAAGAAAUCCCAGAAACGUAAAUUGCACAUACAUUUCCGAUUUAGAUUUAUGUUUUUGUAGAUUUAAAAUAAUUUAUUUAUUUUAUUAUAAUAGUAAUUACGAACUGCCAUAAGUAGUAAUUGUUAGGUAUUAAUUACACAUUAAAAUAGGGUUGAUGUUUCUACGAGUAGUGCUAUGUGAAUACGAAAUAGAAAUUUGGUUUUCAAUUAAAGCAAUGAAAAUCAUUACGCUCAAUAUUUGAAAAGAAACUUGUCUUUUUGGAUGUACUCGUAAGUUUAGAUACAAGAGUAUUUCCAUUAAUGACAUCUUUUAAACUCUGGGUGCCUGAAACAUUUGCUGUUACAGAAUUCAAUACCUUUUAGGAAUACUUGAGUUAAGAGUACCUACUUAUGGAAAAUUUUCAUUUCGUUUUAGUCCGGCAAUGCAUUUUAUUUAAUUUCUUAACCGUGGACGAUUCAAAACAUUAUUAAUUGACUAUAAUAUCCAAUCGGUCUGAGAUUAAGUAGGUAUAAUAACUGACGUAGAGAUAGUGUUUUUUUACAUUAACUAAGUAACCCCCUUACAAAAGUUACACCCGGGAUGAACACUGGAAUGAGAUUACAUUUUCAUAAUAUAUGACAAUAAUUUAGACCAGAGUUCAACUAGGGUGUCACUUUUAUUAAUAAGGGUGUUUUUGAGUAAACUAUUGUUUUCGUUUUGUAUUCUUCAAUUUGAACAUUACAAAU